AUGCGCUCCUUCUACUCACUGGCCCUGGGUCUCCUAGGAGCCUCGGCCGUCGUGUCCGCCAGCGAUGCUGAAGAGUCAAAUGUCCUGUCAUUAACUAAAGACACUUUCUCAGACUUCAUCAAGGAACACGAUCUUGUCCUGGCAGAGUUCUUUGCGCCCUGGUGUGGUCACUGCAAGGCACUGGCACCCGAGUAUGAGGUUGCUGCCACUGAACUAAAAGAUAAGAAUAUACCCCUGGUCAAAGUGGACUGCACAGAAGAGGCAGACCUCUGCCAAGAAUGGGGCGUUGAAGGUUAUCCUACUCUGAAGAUCUUCCGUGGACUGAAUUCCGUCAAGCCUUACGCUGGCGCACGCAAGACUGGAGCCCUCGUCUCCUAUAUGGUCAAGCAGUCGCUUCCAGCUGUAUCUCCAGUUAACGAGGAAAACCUCGAGGAGUUUAAGAGCUUAGACAAAGUCGUCAUCAUCGGAUACAUCCCUUCGGACAACAAGAAAGUCAACGAGGCAUACACUAGUCUAGCCGAUUCGGAGCGUGACAAUUUCCUGUUUGGCUCUAGCGAUGACGCAGCUAUUGCCGAGGCCGAGGGUGUCGAGCAACCCUCGAUUGUCCUCUACAAGGACUUUGACGAGAAGAAGGCGGUUUACGACGGCAAGCUGGAUUCUGAGAGCAUUCUUGCCUGGAUCAAGACAGCUAGCACACCUUUGGUCGGCGAGCUUGGUCCCGAGACCUACACCUCGUACAUCAAGGCUGGAAUCCCAUUGGCUUAUAUCUUCGCUGAGACUCCCGAGGAGCUUCAGAAGUAUGCCGAGGAGUUCCGUCCAGUUGCUGAGAAACACCGCGGAAAGAUCAACUUCGCUACUAUUGACGCCAAGGCGUUUGGUGCUCACGCUGGAAACCUCAACCUUGACCCUGCUACAUUCCCUGCCUUCGCUAUUCAAGAUACCGAGAAGAACCUCAAGUUCCCAUUCGACCAGUCUAAGGAGUUCAAUGUGGAAGACAUUAGCAAGUUUGUGCAAGAUGUCGUUGAUGGUAAAGUUGAGCCAAGCAUCAAGUCUGAGCCCAUUCCGGAGACCCAGGAAGGACCUGUUACUGUCGUCGUGGCCCACUCAUACCAAGAACUGGUCAUCGACAAUGACAAGGAUGUUCUCGUCGAGUAUUAUGCCCCAUGGUGUGGACACUGCAAAGCUCUGGCCCCCAAAUAUGAACAACUCGCCAAGGUCUAUGCCGAGAACCCCGAAUAUGCCUCUAAGGUGACUGUCGCUAAGAUUGACGCAACUGCCAACGACAUUCCAGAGACAAUUCAAGGCUUCCCUACGAUUAAAUUGUUCCCCGCCGGCUCCAAGGACCAGCCAGUGGAAUAUUCCGGCUCGAGAAGCAUUGAGGACCUGGCUACAUUCAUCAAGGAAAAGGGUAAACAUCAAGUUGAUGCCGUUGACGAGGUCUCUCAGCCUGAGGAAGGCGGUGUCACCUCCUCUACCAGCUCUGCUGCCCCAACUCAGACCGAGUCGGCUGCUAGCGAGGCUAGCGAGGAGCCUGCCACCGCUGAUCAUGAUGAACUGUAG